AUGUUCAAGUGUUUCCUUUUUGGAACAGUCUUCCGCACAGCAUUGGCUUUUUUAGCUCAUUUCAACUGGUUGGCUGCAUUCAAGAUCAAAUGUGUUUAUGUUAUUUAUUGGAAAUCGUUUGAUUUAUUUUGGUUUUGGAUGCAUUUAUUUCUAUGUAGCUGUUUCCGGGCGUUACGUAGAGAAAACUAUAAAGUUAUUUGGUGGAAUUUGAUGACAAAACGAUGCACAACACAUAAAGCAUACAGUAUUAAGGAAAUCUACAUGAUGAUUUAUGGACAAGGGAGCGCCACACAAUCGGAAGUUGAAUUAGAGAGGAUCGAUAAUGCGGAAAAGAAAGAACUGAAAGAUCGAGCCUUCCGAAGGAGUAUGAGAUCACAAAGAAGAGAGAAAGCAACAAAAGCAAUCACCGCUGGAUCGCGAAAAUUUGAAGAAGUUUCCAGUGAUUCGAGUACUGAUGAAGAAGUUGAGGCACUCAUUAAAAGUGGUUUGGAUAAAAAGAAGGGCUGGAAAGCGGCAAACAUUCGACAAACGAUACAGACAAAAUAUCGGGAUUUGCGAUCGAAAGCCGAAGAAGCACUUUUACCGAAGAAAGAGGAAGGAGACGAGGCUGGCACAUUGAAGGGUAAAAAAUGGGAACUUGUCAAAGGAAUCGUGGAGAAAGUGACAAGUCCGAAAGUGGAGAGACGGAUCGAGAUUCGAACGAUUGAGAUUGAAGAGGAAGAAGAUGAUCACAUCUAUCCACUUUACCCAGAUUACUCUAAUAUUUUUGAUGUAAAUGAUCAAAAGAAUGCGAGAAAAAGAGAGCGGAAAGAUGUGCGAGUGUUGAGGAAAAGAGUGAGAGAUCGAGUGAGAAAAGAAUUAGAAGAGAAAGCUGAAGAUGAGAGGAGACGAAAGCUUCUAACCGACGCGAUCGAUCUCCUCUUGAACAUGUUGAGAAUGGUGACGAUGUUUGCUCUUGUUACAUGGAAUAUCAGGAAACACAAUCCAUUGGCAUCAUUUAAACAUUUGGAAAUUGAUUUCGAUCCUGAAGUGACUGAUCAAGACAUUCGUGAUCUCCAAAUGGGCUACGUUAACCCGCAAUGGGUGCUGGCUCUCAGUGUCACUGUGUUUCUCGACGUUUUUAUGUCAUUCCUCCAAUUCAUGAUCGCCUAUUACCAACAAUUUCAAUUGUUGAAGAGGAUGGGAUUUUGGUGGUCUUUCUUGUGGACAGCGAUUUUGGUUAUUGUUUCCCUUUUUGGAAUGGUUUUACCGAUGGUUUAUCUCUUGGGAAGUCUCGAUCUAUCGUGGUGUCGAAUUAUGCCGAAUACUGAUUUAGCCUGUUGGAUGCCGCCACAUUGGGUGGAUUUCCCCUUGAGGAUAAGAGGAUCCAAUGCAAUUGGUGGAUGGCUUUGGAGGGUGGAGGACAUCGGAGUCCGGAUGGAUAUUCCGAUUUUGCUGAUCAUUCCCUACAAGCUGAACCAGCUCAAACACAUCGAUAUAUACAUGGACAAAGAGCUGAACACACAGCUAGAUCUGAUAGAUAUUGACUUCAUUACUUCAUUGAUCAUUGAUCGCGUAAGAAAAGAAGCAAUCGUCGAAGAACUCGGCGCCUGGAUGGAAGACAUGAACAUGGAAAGCGAUGAUGAAAUCGAACUGUCUAAUGCCGAAUAUGCUUACCAUGUCACUGACCAAUCAUCGCAGGAACCAAUUCCUCGAUGGGACGAACUUCAAAUGAAUGAUGUAAACGGAGGCAUGAACCCCGGCCUAGACUACGAAAUGUACUAUUGCCAAAAUCCUGUUAGACCAAGAGUCUUCCAAAUUCGUCUCAUUUUGGUCAACUCGUGUUUUGAAAGGAAGAUUCUCACUGGUUUCCCAGGAAUUCAACCACUCAAUAUUCGUGAGAAGAACCCAUUUCUUUACUAUUCUCAGGGAAAAUGGUGGACAAAGGAUUACAGCAACGAAGUAAAAUACUUUGUAAAUUUUGUGGUUUUCAAAGCGGUACCAUUGAAUGAACAAUGUACAUGGGAUGGAGUGGAAAGAGCGGAAUGGCUCGAGGUUGGAGAUCCGCUACCUCGUGAAGUAGUGCAUGGGCUAAUGCUGAAGAUGUGGAGUGCUUCGCGAAAGUGGAUGGCUUUGGAGGGUGGAGGACAUCGGAGUCCGGAUGGAUAUUCCGAUUUUGCUGAUCAUUCCCUACAAGCUGAACCAGCUCAGACACAUCGAUAUAUACAUGGACAAAGAGCUGAACACACAGCUAGAUCUGAUAGAUAUUGG